UCAGGAAAAGUGUAAACUGUCCGACAGGACAACACUACAUAAAGAAAUACAAUAUAAUAACCCCGUGGCGGCGCUCUCUAUCCUUCUCAAGUGAGAAGCUCUCACACAGUAUAUCUUUCUCUUUCGCACAAUUUCAAGCGUAGUAUAAUUUUAACUCUUAUAAUUUUAAAUAAUGCUUAUCAUAACGUAUUUUAGAAAUUGUAAUUUUUAAAUGUUAAAUUUAAAUUAUAAUAUUAUUUCUUUAUAACUUGUUUUAGUUCAAACAAUAUUAAAAAAACGCAGAUGUCAAGAGUAAAGUUAUUUAUUUAUAAUUAUUGUUUAGAAAAUAAAAUAGUUUUGAAUGAUCUAGAAAUAUUAUCUUGUGACGUCACAUGAGGGCAUCUUUUCCCGUUAUCUCUUACAAUGGUAUGCUCCUAAAGAUGGCGUUCGAGGUUCAAUAUAUGUAUAUGGUCGAAGCAUAAAACAAUAACUUUUUAUCGUUAGGUUUUUAUUAAUUUUAUUGAAAAAUGUAAAGCCGGUUUUACUUGUUACCAAGUCACAUUUUCCACUUGUUACAAAGUAAACUUACUGCUUAUACUGUAUUGUUACAGUUUCGAAUUUGUAAAAAAAUUGACCGUAUAUCUUGAACGGAUUUCAAAUAAUUACGGGUGAUGGUUUUACAUAUUUCAGAUAACUCUGACAAUGAGUUACCACAAAGAAUUACUUUUAAUUAUCAGUUUCUUUCCGCGAUGUGUAUCAGCGUGUAUCGUCUUUUUUAUUGCGUACAAAAAUCAUGACGUUGGAUUUUGGUCGAUCUUAUCAGGUAUUUUAGCUGCAGUUUGUUUUCAUUUACAUUGGAUCAAAGGAAAUGCAAGUUUAGAAAGAUGGCACACUAAAGUUACACUAAGGAAUCUAAAUGUUGUCGGAUUUGUAAGUGCUGUUGCUAGUAUCACUGCAAUGAUUUGGUACCUAUUUCUCACAUUUUACUACAAAAUUCCCCUUAAUCCAAUUGCCAAAAGUACAGCGAUAUCAGCAGUUUGGUCAAUGAUUUGUGGUAAAUGGGCCAUUAUUUUAGUGUAUUAUUCUCACAAGUACGAACUGAUAAUCGAAGAGGGAUCUGUACCCAUAUUAACAGAAAAUAAUGCUUAGAAUUUUUCACACCGAUAGAUGCGAUAAAUUUUUAUACGAUUAGAUAUGUUUAAUAUUAUACAAUAAACUUAUACUUUGUUGAUAAUUAAAUAUAUUUUCAUAGAAAUAUAUGACUUGAAACUAAAUAAGUGUAAACAAAUUCUUUUAUCUUUUACCUAAAUUUCAAAAUAUUAAAAAAA